CGAACAUGACCUCCGCCCCCACUGCGCCAUCACGAAGCCGCAAGGCCUCCGCCGAUGAUCAAUAUAGCGCUCGCGUCCAGCCUCGCAAAGUCUACAUACAAUAGCGACUAUGACUAGGCAGUUUCAAUACAUACAUUUGCCGGUUCCUGUACGGUCGCUCCGCCGUUGUUGUUUGCUACUUCCCGUCCUGCAGUUACAUCUGCUGUUUGCGAUAUCUUGCGACUGCCUCCAGACUGACUGGUAGAUGGAAGAGCGCGACAACAAGCUUCACUGAUCGUCUAGCGCACGAUGAGUAGCCUCAAGCGUUCGAGAUCUGACCCGCCGCCGCCUAUCACCGUCGAAGAUACAGCGACUGGCGAGCCGCCGCAGCCGUCGCCUUCGCCGACUACAGAGCGAGCCAAGACCUUCGACGUCCGACCAACGCACUAUCGCGAGGAAUCAUCGCCAGACGUCCGCCAGCGCCGCAACACCACCUUCGGACACAAGCGCAAGCACAGCCCAAACCUCCAGUGGCACGAGGAUUGGACAGACAAGAGCUGGACUCACGGCCGCGUUCUAUUGGUUGACUAUGUGGGGAAGGACCACACGCCAGAAGGCAGGAGGAAGGUCGUCAGCCAAGAGUUCUGCGAUGUCGACAGCCUGAGGCGAUUUUAUAGGAAGAAGGACCUCUCACAACAGGCUGCACUGCGGGUCAUCCAUGUGCAGAAUGCUCCCUGGGCGACGCGAUUCUUGCUGGGCAAGUUCAAUAUUGACGGAGGGCAUGAUCUUGUAGGCACAACGUUUGGACGAUGGGCGCAGUAUGAACGGCCGCUCGUGCGGAAUGGCAAGCCGGUCCCGAAUGGAAGGACGUUCCGUGUUCAGCGAGAUCCUUGGAGGGGCAUCAGUCGUACUUCGUUCAGUUGCGAUUAUUUGAAGAACUACCCGCGGGGAAAGGUUCGCAAGAUCAAGAGGGGGACCAAGAUGAUGGAGCUCAAUGGCUACGAUGCGGACGAGAUGCCUCAUUACGCUUAUGACGCACUCGUACAGCGUCUGUCUGUUUAUGUGCAACUGAGCACCUCGACUCCUGGGUCAGCGACCGAUCCUGAUAUGCCCAAUCCGUACAACGAAGAAGAAUUUGAGGACUAUCAGCGUCUGAAGAAGUCGUAUGGCGAUGUCAACGCAAACGAGCAUCGGGAGAAGUACAUUCCCAAGCUCAACACCCUCGAUAACGGCAGCACUAUCAUCCUCUUUGAAUCAUCACAAUCCGGCGAUGUUAAGGACACGCUGAUCGGCGCUCGACAAGAGGUAGAAUCUCGCUGGCGACGUCUUACCUUCUACCUCUCACGCGCAGAGGCGUCUUCAGAUGAGACACUUACGAUCGAAUGCAUGGACUACCUUCUGAAGGACAUCUUCCAAGCGCUCGCUUAUAACUGGACCCGCUUCCUUGCCGCCUGCGAAACACAUGUUGGUAUCCUCGAGGACAAGAUAUAUGAGAAUCCUGCGGAUGAAUCCCGAGACCAGGAACUCUGGAGCAACAGUGCCCUGUGGAACAAGGUGGAACGUUUGAUCUGGAAACACCGUGACAUGGUGGGCGACACGCGCAACUACCUCCACGAACUUGCUUCUGGCGAUCCCAAGGAAGACGAGGAAUGGCUGGGAGAUACACCAUCGCAACUCGAGCGCCUUACCAACCAAUGCGAGCGCGACAUCAUAAACCCCACAAAGGACCUUGCAGAGCUGAUGUACAAGAGCGUGGGCAUUCGCGACGCCCGACACUCCCUGCAGCUUGGUCUCUCCAUGUGGCGACUGAGCUGGAUCACGUUCAUCUUCCUACCGCUUACUUUCGUGUGCGGCUUCUUCGGCAUGAACGUCGAUGCCUUCGAGGGCAACCCCAGCAUCAAAUGGUUCUUCGUCACCGCCGUCCCUGUCCUGGUCACUGUUCUCAUCCUCUGGUACGGCGUAAAGCAUUCGCUAUCCACACAGCGCCAGAACCCGCUCCGCAGAGGCGUGUACGAAGCUCUCUACCACGACCUGGCAACAGACUACCCUCACUUAUGGACCCGCCGCGGCCCCAAAGACGACCUCACCAUGGUAGGCUCAUUUGGUUUACUCAAAUGGCGCCUCGUGCGCCGAUGGUUUAGCAGCGAGAAACUGCAAAAGAGAGGCGAAUACAACGCCGCGAUCGACGAAUUCGGCACUUGGAGCCGCAUAAAGCAAUACCUCGUCCGCCAGUGGCUCCCCCAGCUGCGCAUUGUCAUCGCCGAAACACUUCCCCAGACGAGCAAACCGGAUGAUGGGCAGCUGGAAGAAGUGGCCAUCGUCGCUAAAGAUCUCGGUGCCAUUGGAGAGCUUAUGAGUAUCGCGACGCCGGUUGCGCUUGCAGAGAUCGAACCGACGGCGGCGAGCCGGUUGCAGAGGAGAAUCCCACGGGACAGGUUGAAGAGCUUAAGUCCCACGAGGAGCGAUGGGAGUGGCAGACCGAGUAGUGAUGGGGGAAUGAGCGGAGUUAUGGUUGAUGAGAGGGGGGUCAGUGAGGAGGAGAGGAGUGGCGAUGAGUGCAGUGCUGACGAAGAGAGGGAGUGGGAGUUGGAGAGAGCGAGGCAGCGACUGAGGCUAGAUGUGCCGUAUCUCAAUGGGCGAUUGAACUAGAUCUGCCUUCCGGAAAUAGUUAUCACACACAGUCCUUUUCUGCACAAUGACAUCUUCCAGCACACAUGUCUUCUUUAAUCCAGUUUUCGAGGGCUCAACACAAACCCCUUGGCCCUGGCUCGCGUAGCUCGACGUCCAAGUCAUCUCGUAGCUCGAGCCCCAGACCAGUGUCGUCCAUGUAGCAGCCUCGUGGU